ACAAUACGUGACCUGUGUAAAAAUGCUGCGGUAUUGGGGUGAGAUUCCGGUUUCCUCUAACCAGGCCAACCGCAGCUCCUUUGACCUGCUUCAGCGUGAGUUUCGUACUGUGGAGGUCCAAGAUCCUCCAUUGCAUCAGCCAUCUGCAAACAAACCCCGGCCGACCACCAUGUUGGACAUCCCCUCGGAGCCCUGCAGCCUCACAAUUCACACCAUUCAGCUCAUCCAGCACAACAGGCGGCUGCGCAGCCUGAUCGCCAUGGCUCAGGCUCAAAACCAACAGCAAGCGGAGGGCAUAAAAACUGAAGACAACGAACCUCUGCCAUCUUGUCCGGCCUCUCCACCUCUCCCUGAUGACCUGCUUCCUCUGGAUAGCAAAACCCCCAAAAUGCCGUUUCAGCUGAGGCACAGUGACCCAGAGAGUGAUUUCUACAGAGGAAAAGGGGAGCCAGUGACUGAGCUGAGUUGGUCCUCUUGCCGGCAGCUUCUCUACCAGUCAAUGGCCACUAUCCUGGCUCACACAGGCUUUGAGUGUGCCAAUGAGAGUGUCCUGGAGACCCUGACAGACAUCGCUCAUGAGUACUGCUUGAAGUUCACCAAACUGCUGCGCUUUGCUGUGGAUCGAGAAGCUCGACUUGGACACACGCCUUUCCCUGAUGUCAUGGAGCAGGUCUUCCAUGAAGUGGGCAUUGGCAGUGUGCUCUCGCUGCAGAAGUUCUGGCAACACCGCAUUAAGGAUUAUCACAGCUACAUGCUUCAGGUUAGCAAGCAGCUCUCUGAAGAAUAUGAGAAGAUUGUCAACCCUGAAAAAGCAGCAGAAGACACAAAGCCUGUGAAGAUUAAGGAGGAACCAGUUAGUGAUAUUACUUUCCCCAUAAGUGAGGAGCUGGAAGGAGAUCUGGCUUCUGGUGACCAGUCCUUGCCUGUUGGAGUCCUUGGAGCUCAAAGCGAACGCUUCUCUGCCAACUUGGAAGUAGAAGCUUCCCCACAGACUUCAGGGGCUGAGGUGAAUGCUUCCCCACUCUGGAACUUGGCACAGGUAAAAAUGGAACCACAGGAAAAUGAGGAGGCUAAUGUACAUGGCCACGGAGUCCUAGGCAGCGAUGUCUUUGAGGAACCGAUGUCAGGCAUGAGCGAAGCUGGGAUGCCACAGAGCCCCAAUGGCUCUGAAAGCAGCUAUGGUUCUCAUUCUGCUGACAGUCUGAUGGGAUCUUCACCUGUCUUCAACCAGCGCUGUAAGAAGAAGAUGAAGAAGAUGUGAAAAGAGACAGUCUUUUUAUUUGGUCCUGAUGGUAUGUAAUAGACUUGAAGCGAAC